GCAAAGGAAAGGAAGGCCGGAGAGAUGGAGAAAGAGAUGAAGAUGCCAACUCGUUUUUUGCGAUAAUUUCUCUUGGUUUUUGUAUCUAUCUUCUGCUACUUUUUUUUUCAAAAAAAAAAAACAAGGUUUUGAGGUUAAUGACAUGCUUUAAUUAGGGCCGCACGAGUCCAUGGCACUGAACCGUGCGUAACCAAUUGAGAACUAAGCCGGCCCUAUCGGAAACCGAUUUUGCUGGACCGUAAUCACAGUCUGGCAUCGCGGUAACCUUACAACAGAUGAUUAGAUGCCAGCUCUGAUGCAAAGCUAUAAAACCCCUCGUCGUAGAACCAUCUUUCCCCCGUACCUUGGAAUCUUCUAACCCCAUCAUCUCAUCCGAGAUAUCAGUGGAUAAUGAUUGAUGUUCUACAAUUUGAAGGGCAUGUUUUCAGCAUGACUAUCACCAAGCUUCUGUCAAAGGUAAAGGUGUUAUUUAAACAACAAUCAAGUCUUAUCUUGGACUACAACCCCUUCAUUUUUAGAUGCAAACCUGUGACAUUCGAGGAAGCCCUCAAAUUUGUAAGAAAAAUAAAGGCCCGCGAUUAUCAUUUGUACUUGUCGCUGUUUGACAUUCUAGGUCAGGAACGAACGUCCCAAGAAAUCUAUCAACAGCUUGUACUGCUUUUUCAGAACCAUGAUGAUUUGCAAGUGGAGCUUAAACGUUUCAGACCACAAGCCCAAGCACGAUUUGGUUCACUUGUGUUUCUUAUUCUGCCUCUGUGUGCCUUAAGCUUAUAUCUCAUCUUCUUUGAGAAACCACUGAGAUGUCUAUUAGAACAAAACAUAAACAAAACUCCCUCAUUGUAAAAAUCGCUUUUUAUUUGCUAAAUUAUUAAUAAUCUUCCUGUAUAAUUGUUUGGGUGACUUGGUUUAAAGUUGCCUGGCCAAAGUACAUAGUAUUAUUACUGCAUUGACUACUUCCCCA